GAUUAUUGAGUUAGUCAAGGAGAAUGAAGCGUUUGUUAGUCCUGGUGUUGGCGGCGGCUGUGUGGGCUCAAGAGGAUGUGCUGCCUCGGGCCGAGCCUUGUGGCCGACAGGCUUGCCAGCUGCCCUCCUGCAGGUGCUCUGGUACUGACAUUCCUGGUGGACUCAACGUACGGGACACGCCACAAUUUGUCCUGUUGACCUUUGAUGAUGGCGUCAACGUCGGAAACAUGGUCACCUAUCGGAACCUCCUUUUUAAUCGUCGCAACAGCAAUGGCUGUCCCGUCGGUACCACCUACUACAUCAACCAUGAGUAUACCGACUACACCCUCGUAAACGAGCUGUACAACCAAGGUCUCGAGAUCGCACUCCACUCCAUCAGCCAUCAAACCCCUGAUACCUAUUGGAAGGAAGCUACCUAUGAUGACCUAAAGUUGGAAUUUGGAGACCAGAGAAGGCAAAUGUCCCAUUUUGCUAAUAUUCCUAUUGAUGCUAUUAAAGGUGUCCGCAUCCCGUUCUUACAGAUCUCUGGUAACUCUUCCUUCCAAGUCAUGGCUGACUCUGGGCUGGAGUAUGACUGCACUAUGCCAACCAUCAACCAGAUUAACCCUGGCUUGUGGCCGUACACUCUUGACUAUGCCUCCACUCAGGACUGCGUUAUUCCUCAAUGCCCCACUGCGUCGAUUCCUGGAGUGUGGGUGCUGCCUAUGGUCAGCUGGGUUGAUUUGAGCGGGUUUACUUGCUCGAUGGUCGAUUCUUGCUUUAGUGUGCCUCCCUUGACCGACGAAGAGGCCUGGUUCCAGUUCAUAAUAACCAACUUCGAGAGACACUACAAGGGCAACCGCUCGCCUUUUGGCUUCUACGUCCACGAGUGGUACGUCUCGAGUUACCCCGCCAUCUACAGGGCUUUGGAGAGAUUCUUGGAUAUGGUCAACAAUCUUCAAGACGCUUUUGUGGUAAACUCUGCUGAGGUGAUCGAGUGGGUGAAGAAUCCCGUCCCAGUUCCCGAGUACAGGAGCCGCCCGUGCAGAAGCUGGGUGCCCACCGCGUGCCCACGCCAAAGCUGCGGCCCUCUCACCUCAGACCACAACGUUUGGGGUGCAUACUGGAUGCAGAUUUGUAAUACGUGUCCAAGCACAUACCCAUGGUUGGGAAAUCCUCUCGGCCAGUAAAACCUAUUGGAUUUGGACUUGAAAAAUUUCUGGAAAGAAGAUCGAAAAAAAGGUUAAUGAACCACUGACAAACCAAGCGUUGAAUUAAGCUUAUUAACGCAAUCAGGAAAUCAUCUUCCAAUAGGCAAUUAAAAAAAUAUAUAAAUCUG